UUUAAAAAGAUAACUCGAGAUACUGACAUAGCAUGCCCACUAAAGAUUGCGCUUUAACAAGGUUUAUACCCCUAAAAAUGGAAGGUACGAUUUUAAUACACCUGUCAAUCAUCAUAAUUCAUCUACAAUUAGUUUCCAGUUCCUGUGAUCGAAAUGAUGGACCAGCAGGUUCUCCGGAAUGUGUGCUUCUAGACCCAUAUUAUUCAAAGUACCAAUGGGCCACUUGUCUGACAAAUGAAUAUAUUCAGACAGUUUCAAAAGGAAACGCUAUUUGUCGAGACCACUCUGCAACUUACUGCUAUUACCAGUGCAUGAUGGAAAGCUAUGAAAUUCCUGAUGGUGAUGUGCAUAAUGAAUGUGCGUGUGGAAUUGACGCCCCAAAGGAAACUCAAGCUCUACUGACAAACAAAACCCAACUCCCGAGUCAUUGUUUCAGUCCAUCGGGUAAAGACUGCAAUUGGUACAGGGGCUGCUUGGAGAGGCGAUUUCCUUGCAAACAGAGUCAACAAACAUCAUAUGCGAUAAACAACGGUGACAAGUUUUGCAACUUGUAUGAAGAACAUUACAAAAAGUUUUCAAUAAUGGGUCAGCAAUGGAUUGAUGCCGUUAGGGGGUGUUUACAGGUUGCAUUGGUUCCACUCCUUCGUCCAUACUUCAAUAUUUCAUGUAACGAUAUAAAACAAACGGCAUUCGAUUCUCAUGUAGAAUGCUACACAAACCCAAGAAAAAAUGCUCCAUCAGUUUGUGACUUAACAAUGUCGGACAAAUUUCAAAUUGGAUUUACUGUUAUACCGGGACUCUUUGUAAACUGCUUUCAACAUUGGCAUCUUUGCAAAGAUAUUUUUGCAUCAGCUUAUCAAUUAUGGAAAACACUGAAGACCUGCUACUUUAGCAAAAACAUAUUGUCUGUUGCAAAUAAUGUUAAGCAAAUUCAGGUCGUGUAUUAUGGUUCCACUGGUCAAUCUAGAUAUCUUACAUCAGCACCAAUUACGGAUGAUUUCUCAGCUGGAGCUGAACUCAUAAAUAAGAUUGCAAACCAAAUGGAAUGGAAAUCAACAGGUGUGUCAUGGAUAGCGUACUUCCAAGACAAAAUAAAAACAGACAAGAAGUCUGUGAUGCAACAUUUAAAUAUAUUAAUUGCACCCAGUAAACUUUAUAAUUUGAAUGACAAUACAAACGUUUCCUCGCUGGUCAAUGUAACCGAAGCUGUAGAGGAGGUAACAGACGCGUUCCGUAAUGGUACCUUUACUUCAGAUAUGAUCAAUGGAAUUUCAAUCGUCAAAUACUUUGUAUGUGUCGAUAACAACUGCAUGAAUAAAUUUUUGGAAUUUGAACCCCUGUCGUCGGCUAUGAGAAAGGCUUCAAAAGAUAAGUUUUGGUCGCUAUCAAAUACAAUUUUGAUAUCAGGCGGGAGCUCGUUGUUAUUACUGAUAUUUUUAACAGCAAUUCUCUGCAUGAGAAAAAGAAAUUCAAGUAAUAUUGUUUGAAACUUUUAACUUUUAUACUUUGGGGGUGAAGAUGUAUGAUUGCUUUGAAAUUUGUUAAUCGAAAUACAAUUUAAGUUUUUUUUAAUGAACUCUACUCUGCAAUUAAGUGAUAUCUUAUGAAUAUAUUAUAUUUAUUACUUUAAUAUACUAAUGGGUCAGAUAAAAUAUUUUUGAUAUGAUGGAUAGUUACAUGUAGUUUAUUAAAAAAUACAACAAAAAAUACAUGUAUAAAAGGGAAACAUAUUCAUAUUAGUAUUUGAAAAUCUUUCUAGUUGGAAAUUACAGCAGUUUGAAAAUCUAUGGCAGAAAGACCUCUGCUUUAUUACACCGUCAAUGUAACUAUGAUAUAUAUCUAUAUAGUAUAUUACUUUCGUUUUGCAAUAUAUAUUUUCUAUAUCUUGUACUUUAAACACAUGAAAGAUAAAAAAAAAUGUUCUAUAGGAUCCUAGUAUUCAGACACAUCAACUAGUCAACGUCAAGUACAUUUAUUCAAAGUCUUAAACAUACUUCCUCUGUCGUCUAACAAAAUGAUUUAAUAUUAGGUGUAUACUUAAAAAAAUGACGGAGAAAAUUUUUUGUUUUAUUCUGCAGAAAAGACUUCUUACAUAAUAUUCAAAUAGUUGUUGUGAGUGGCAGUGACGCCCAUAUCCCGAAGGAGUAUUGGGUACAAUGUACAAUGACCGGUUGGCAGGGGAUGCUUACUCCUCCAUGGCACCUAAUUCCACCUCUGAUGUUUUGGAGGUCCGUGUUUGCUCUGCUCCUAUUUAGUAUUGUUUUGUGAACUUUUGAUCUUGAAUACUGUUCUUUAUCUCAAUAUAUUUCAGAAUUAAAAGUGGAUUUUGUUAAAAUCACUUGUUCUCUGUGUUUGUAACUUUUUUCUUCUGCCCCGAGAAGGUAAAUAGCAUACAAAGUAUUGUCAGUCUGACAUGUUUAUCAAUUAAAGAGUGCAAUGCUAUAAGAUAAAGGACUAUGCUAAAGGUUUGUGCUUAUUUAAACUAAAGUCUAUGAUAGCUGCUGAUAGAAUCGCAUUUGAUGGAAAUCAUGUGUAUUGUUUAGAUAGACUAAGGCAAAGUACUGAUUGCUUUAACAACUUUUGAACCAAUAUCUAUUUGUUUUGAUGGAAAAAGGAAACAAGUUUGUUUGCGAUUACCAGAACGGCCGUGUCUGUUGCCUUAUUGGUUAGCAAUCUAUAUCUGUUAUCAACCAAGACAGACUCUGGGUUGGGAAGUAGAACGGAGAAAUUGUUAUUUACGAAAUUAGGAAAACUCUAAAAAAUCAUCAUUUAAUCUACUAGAUUGCUUUUAGUAACAUAUUGUAUGGCUAUAAGUGUAUGACUAUAUUAAAGCAGAAAAAAAAAAACAUCUGUAAGGAAUAUACUCUAACUUGGAGUUGUUAAAAGCAAAAUAAUGGAAAUCUAUUUUUAGGUUCUAGUCAAUGGUUGAAAAACAUUUAAUUUUACUACAAAAUUUAGUCUAAUGAAAGAUCGCCAAUAUACACUGACCUCUAAAACCUCUAGAUGAAGAGGUGGGAUCGGGUAUCAUUGAGGAUAAACUAUUCACUGAAAACAGGACACACCCACCGUGAGCUUCUUUUCAUAACUUGGAAACAACGGAUAAUCCGAUUUAGUGUGUAAAUAACACCUGUUUACAAUUAGUAUGAUAGAAGCUGGAUAUCUAGACAUAGAGAUAAAUCCAAUUUCUUACAUAAUACAAUCGCAAUAACGAACCUUACAAACAACAUUUACAUGUGUAUUAAUUGUUUCGUGACCUGUC